GCGGAAAUGGCACUUGAAACAACCCGGGGAAGUCGAGUGAGUCUGGUGUCUGUAACACAGGUUCUGGCGCUCAAAUCGUCUCUCUGCGUGUUUUUCAACAUGACGGAUGAUAUUGACAAUACUCUUCUUAUCGACCUGGCUGCGGUCAUACACAAAAAUCGGGUAGAGACGAAGACAGAAAGCACAUUGCCAGACUUCAAGGACAACCCCGAUCUCCAGGCCAAACUCUCCGCCGUCUUCCCUGGCCGGGAUAUCCUCAAUGUACGAUCCAACCCGCUGAAUCAGAUCUUACCCAGUUUCGAGACCGUCUGGUGGGUGGCAUUACGACUGUUCAUGGAACUGCAUCGCCGGGACAAGCAGGACGAGAUAGAAACCCUUGUCGCAUUUGCUCAGCAUCCCACAGAUGCACAACUAAAGACCGAAAAUGAGAACGGGAUCUCUGCAAAGUUUCUGGUCAAAGAAGCCUUUCGACUGUAUCCGCCUACAAGACGAAUCAGGCGGACGUAUUUAUUCAGCGACAACAGUCCAAUUACCUGCACUGCUGAUGUAGAAGCUUGCCAGAUUGAUGAAAAGGUAUGGGGAGAUGCCAUGAAAUUCAAGCCAGAGAGGUGGAAGAGAGCAAGAGUCGUGCAGGAUCUGUCGUUUCUUGCCUUCGGUGGUCGCCCGUUUCUGUGCCCGGCAAGUCAGGACUUUGGACUCAGGGUUGUUGGCUUGAUUUCUGGGGUUUUGUUGGAUGUUUUCCAUGAUGAAUGGGUUUUGGAAUCGAAUAUGGUUGAGGACAUGAAAGAGUUGAGAUCUGGAGAGAGGUUGCUGAAUGACCGUGAUGCUUAUGACGGUGUCUUUCUUGACUUGAAUUAUCCUGACCAUCUUCAAUAGGAUCACUUCUACUACAC